AUGAGCAACGUGCAAAAUACUACCUUGUACCACGAGAAGCAGUCCAAACAGUUUUGCCUAAUGCACACGCUGAAUAACAUUCUCCAAAAAAAGCACUAUACUGCGGAGAAGAUGGACGAGCUUUGCUACACUAUCAACGAUCGCAAGUGGUUCAAUCCACACAGGUGAUGUUAUAUUCACUUCAGAUUUUGAUGGAAACAUUUUUAAUGAAGGAAAUCAUAGAAAUAUACUUCAAUGUUUAUUUAAUAUUUUAAAGUAAGAAAAGAGGUACACCAGACGUUUUGAAGCUUUCCGCUUAUCGAGUAGCUCUAGAAGUUUAUGAAUAUUUUGAAAUGUCUUACUAAUUUUUGACAGGCGUCAGAUAUGAACUUUUUUAGAUGGGUCCCAUGUGAAACUAUGAUUUUUGUUUCAAAGAUACAACUUUCAGAAGCCAAAGUAAAGUAUUCUUCGUAUUUUCGAGCAAUUUGGUUUGUGUUCAGAUCUCCAAAAAUCGAUCUAAACUUUUUCAUUGUUGUAAUUAUAUGCUCCUCUUAUGAAUGAAAGAGAGCCUUCGUGUUACAAUGUUUCACUGUACAUACUUUCAAUGUUAAUUUUUUUGGACUCGAGGAAUUUCAACAUAGUUCUCAUGACAAAAAAAUAAUUAUCGAAAAUUGAUUCCUUGAACAUGGAAACUUAAAAAAACUUGGAAGCUUCUUGGACUAAAUCUUAGGAAGUUAAUCAUUGAAUAUUUUGAGGACUUGAAUCCAAAAAAUUAUUUAAAAAAACACUUACUGAUUCUAUGAUCAAGAAGCCAGAACCUUCUGCUUUUUGAUAGUUUUCAGCAAAGAAAAAAAAAUCUCGGUAUUUAUGAAGAAUCAUGCUAAAAGAAAGCUGGUAAAAUUCUUAUUAAUGUGCAGUAAUAAUGUUAAUUUUUAACGACGUUUUCUUCAUCCCUUCGUUGGAGGAAAAACUAAAAUUUAUUUUGUUUCGGUAGUUACAAAGGUUAAUUUGAGGUGAUUUCAGAUCUUGGCUCGGUUUCGGUAAUUAUGACGCCAACGUGCUCAUGUGUGCCCUGGAGCUGCAUCAUUUGAAAGUGAGUCAUUGUUCUGAAAACGUUGAGCACUUUCGUUUUUAAAGAUGGUUUGGUUUGACAAACGGACUCUGGGUGGGCAAUUAAACCCUGAUAAAAUUCGAGCCUUCAUCUUCAACAUCCCCUCGCGAUCCUUUUUCCAUAUGCUGUCAGGAAGACACUGGUAUCCGUUGGUCAAAGUUUCCGGCGACAAGUGAGUUAUUUCUUGAUUAUUUUGUAGCUCCGAAUACUGUUGUUUGAGAGUUUUCUUAUCAUCAUCCCCCUCGGUGUAUUUUAUUUUCAAAAAAUGAAUUUUUUCAACGCCACUCACUAAAUCACCUCUGAGAGUUCUUUUUACAGAUAUUGUCAAUCCUUCCAGGUUAGGAAGGAGAGAUGGAAAAAUUAGCAAGGUUGAAGCGUUGCGUAUGCAACGCGGUUUUUUGGCAGGAAACUAGAGGUCGAAAAAUGACUCGCCUUUUAUAUUUUUAACCCGGAAAAAUGAAGUUUGCGGUCAGAAAUAUUCGAGAUCCUUAUGUAAUUAGUCUCAACUUGUGCUAUUCAUAUUUUUUUGGAAAAGAAAUCACAACUUGAAAAAAAUAAUAAUAAUUCGUUUUCUAAACAAACAGCUGUCGUUAAAAAAAUUUUUUCAAAGGUCACACUGAUGUGUAAUAAACUACUAGAGUAAAAAGAAGGGUUCCUUUUGCAGGUGGUACAAUCUCGAUUCAAAGCUUUCGUCCCCCAAAGCAAUCACCGAUCUUCCGAAAACGGUUGGAGAGCAUUUGGCUCAGAAAGACGUCGAGAUGAUCAUCGUGUGCCAUGAAGACAUUCCGCCGAUUGAUCUUUUCAUUGCUCACUAG